UGAGAAUUUUAAUGUAUCGAACGUGGACUAUUGUAAAUUGGUUUCCCUGGUUCGCGGUUUCUGGUUCGGUGAAGUCAAAUCGGUUGAGUCUGUAGAGGUUUCGCCGACACUUGGUUUACCGUACCUGUACAAAUAACUUCAUUAGGUUCUGAACUGAUCGAGGUAUGUAUUUUUCUUACACCGCUUAAGUUGCUAGAAUACAACUGAAAUGUCCAUUAUGCAGUUUUGGGGUAUGUGGGACGUAGUGUUAGUGAGCGGCAUUGUAUUCUCACGGACAUGACAACUCAGAUCAAGAAACAUUUUAAACUCUUUAUCUUUCAAUCAUGUAUAUUGUCCAGGACUGAUGUUUUAUUGUACACAUGGCUAGCUCGAAUGCGAUGCUCCAGCUUGACAAAGCAUCCAGUAAGUAGAUGAUUAAUCCCAUGCUAAUGAUGAAGGAUAUAUUUGAUUCGAUCGAUAUCUACUUUGAGAUCCUUCGUAAAACUUCGCUUAGUAUGGUAGAAAAACCUGAGCUAUUGCCCUUGCCUUAUCAUGUACUGUCGGCCGUUUCAGGCUCAAAAAUCCUGCUGCCAAGCCGCCGUAAUAUCUUACACUGAACCACUCAACCAAAACGGCGUCCUAAAACCAAAAUCUUUACUUGUUCAUUCAAUCCAGAGGUAGUUCUUUCUUAUUGCGACUCGUUGAAAUCAUAGGAACACUGAUUUUGCUUUUUAUUAUGCUCCAUAUUUAUGCAGUCGCUACUGCGACAGAGAGUUAUUUUUAGGUGUAUUUUCUGUACCCUGGUCCCAGAGGUUUUCUUGAUUUUUUUUCGCGAAAGAGAUCAACUGCAAGCCGCGCAGCGGCGACAACGAGUCGCGAAAGCGAGGAGGAGAGAAAGAAAAGCGUCUGGUUACCUUGGCCUCGAAUCUCACUUUCAUGCAGACGACAGCUGUCAAACGCGUCAAAUUGCGAAUAAAAGGAGUGACCAAUGGCAAUUUAGCAAACACGUGCCUAUCAGCCGCUAUUUUUUCAAGUGGGGGUAGACCUGGGGAAAUUAUGUUAUGAACAAACCAUCUCCACUAGGGUGGUAAAGAGUGAUUUGUUAAUCGGGUCAAGCUGAAGCAUGUGUUAACGAUGGGCGACAAGAGUCCAGGAAUAAGAACACUACUUUAUAAAGAAACCAACAUUGUUUCAAACGACUGCUGCAGGAUUUGCAGAAUUUAUGUAAAAAUAAGUGGCCGAUAUAAAAUCUACGUUAUUGGGUAUAAUAACCAGGAUUUUUCACAAACAUUGUCAUCUGUUCUGUCGGCUGUGUACAUGACUCAACGGGAUUAUCUGUCAGAAGUGCCAGUGGGAAGUUGUAAAGUUGUACGCCGUUCGUGUCGAUUCGCGGGCAUUCCCCCUAAAAUAGUAAUAUUAAUAUGUAUUCUGGCCAUCUGGCUCGCAUUUUGGUUUGGCGGCUCCAUUUCCUUUUUUUGUGGAACAACGGCGCUAGGAAGAGUCAUGCAGCACAACAAACCCUCAAGGUUCGGAAUGGACUUUCAGAGGUUUUUGUUGACCCAAUGCCAAAAAUAACGUUGGUUAGAUCUUUUUAAAGAUCUAAAAUAUUAGGCGUCGCAGGAAAAUGCAAGCUGUACCGAAAAUGAUUACGUACUUGUACAAAGUUGUAUGUUUUUUCCCUACAAGGAAACUUUCAUUCCGUAUUCGGAGAUAUAUAUUUUGCUACCCUACACAAGUUAGUUUAUUUAAUGGAAUGACAGUGUUGUAACAGAAAAUGGUAAAUACAUCGAGACACGAGAUUCUGGUCGUCAACGUCUGGACUCAAGCCACGGUUUCGCAGUUCGCGAAUAUGCGAGUCCACAAGAGACUUGAGAGGACAGACAACCAAAAUUAUUGCAUGGCGAGGGUAUAAGUAGCCUCUUAAGGGAAGGUACUUGCAAACAUCAGGUAACGACUGAAAUAUUAUAUACUUUCCAUGUCCGGUUGAUAAAAUGGUGAACACAUUGCUCAGUGAGACUCAGGAAAGCGCUCAUCAAGUACCGAGGUCAAAAUUUCUUCGAAUAUUCUUUCAGGAACAACGUCCAUGUCAAAAUCUCGAAAUAUGGCGUGCCUUUACGUGCCUUGGUCUCGUGCUAAUGUUAUUGCGAGUGCAGCAUACAAACAAUUUUCUUCCCUGGUAGAGAGAGGCAAAAUGAGGAGUGAAAAUCCUCAGCGUCCCCUCGGUAGUUACCAUUAAACGAGCCAAUCAAAUUGGUUUGCGUGUUUAAAAAAAUAUCAUCCAAUCAACGCCCGAGGGUCAAAUCCUGACCCUGUCGUCUGCAUGAAAAUGAGAUUCGAGGCCAAGGUAACCAGAGGUUUUUCUCUCUCUCCUCAUCGCUUUCUCGACUCGUUGUCGCCGCUUCGCGGUUUGCUCUUGAUCUCUUUCGCGAAGAAAAAUCAUGAAAAACCUCUGGGACCAGGGUGUAUUUUCUGCCACUUUCGCAGCAAUUUUUCUUUCCUUAUUAUGAACUGCGUGUAAGCUAAAAAAUCAAAACAAAGAGCAAUUUGUUCCUGGUGGUGUUUUGUUGUUUUGUUUUGCUGGUAAUGUUGAGCUACUACCGAAUAAUGACAAUAAUGACUUAAAUCUUUUCCUAUAACAAUCAAUAGUAAUCAAUAACGAUCGACAAAAAAUAUCGUAUCACUUACGUAUCCCAAAAAUGCCUGUUAAUGCCCUUGUUUUUACUUAACGCUCCAAAAGCGACUAAAUUUGGACACGCGCUAUUCGACCCGUUAUAGCUUAAUCCGUACAAUUUAUUAAAACUGCCAAAACACUGAACAAAGAUUUCUGCCAAUUUUUUUCUCAUUGAAAGGAAGCAAUAUUCUUAUUAAAAACAUGAAAUAAAAAAUGGGGGUCAACGUACUCGUUUUUGCGGUAGAGCUGCAGAAAGUGCGUACCAUUUUUGAUAGAGGACUGAGGCGAGUUUCAAAAUUGCACGUAUGUGGAAGGGGAAAAAGGCAUUGAAAAAUCCGUUUUUACAGAAAUUACACCAAGAUAUCAUAGUUAGGACAAAAUUUGAUAAAGAUGGCGCUUAAAUGAAAAGCAAAGUGAGUUAGCACAAGUUUAACAUCCACCAUCGAGGUUCUCCGUAAGGAAGUCGAACUUAGCAACGCGAGUACUUCUCGCGUUAUGUACAUUCCCAACACCGUGAGUCUUAUCUCGGCAAGAAACAACCGCAAGCGAAAAUUCAUUUAAUAAUGUUAGUUCAGAUGCUCUUUUGAAGUCUUUUCACGGCGGCCAUCUUGUUAUGCGCAGUGCAAAACCAGCGAAUCACGUUAAUAUGGGUAGUAAGGUAAUUUUACCGAGCCAUGUUUUUGAUGAAAUUUCUGGUUUGUUUUUUGUUUUGCGUAGCUAAUCAUGGGUCUUACAGUUGAUGACGUUCUGGACAAGAUUGGCAGCUUUGGACGAUAUCAGCUCAGACUGCUGUUAAUCUUUGGUUUUAUGUAUCUGUUUGGAAACAGCAUUCUCGUAAUGAUCCCAACAUUUCUCAGCAUUGAACCGCCGUGGCGCUGUAAAGAAGGCAGCUCUGCUUGCAACCUUACAGGAAUAUUCAAACCUGGAGAUCACAAUUAUAACUUUCGCUGUUCAAUUCCCCGGGAUGACUGGGAGUUUGACACGAAUGAAAUAACUAAUUCAGUUGUAACAGAGGUAAGUCCCGCCUCCUAGUAGAUACGAGGACGAGAACGAAUAUGAUUAGGAGAUUUGAUUUGAUUUCUUUUUUUCGCGAAUUGUCAAAAAAUAGACAACCCGGAAACUGAUAAAACUAUUUUUAGCAUUUGAUAACUUGUUUUUACCACUACGACAUUAGAGAGCUUAGCAUUGAGUACCAUGCAGAACGAGUACAAGUACGAGAUUUACUGUAACUUUACUGUAAGUUUUUGCGCGUGUACUAAAAAAAAUGACACUCUGGAAAGCUUUUCAUUUUACUUUUUUUCGCAAAAGCGUUACCGCAGUUAUUAAUACUGAAGUAGUAGAAUGUUGGCUUGGAUAAAUUCUGCCGGCAGAAUUUCGAGCAGAAUAAGCGAUUUUUGGCAGGGUGAGCAUUCUGCUGGCAAAAUAAGGCAUUUUCGAGCGGAAUUUUAGCAGAAUAAGGGAAAAUCAGCGGCACUAAUGAUAUGCAUAACAGUUGUAAUAAACUUAAAAACUAAAUAAAAAACACUAAUGGAAAAUACCCGCGCUCUCUUAUAUAUUUGCGAAAAUAAAUACGGCCCGAAGGGCCGAAAUUUUUUUCGAAUACCGAGCAGAAUUCGAGCAGAAUAAGGGUGUCCGAGCAGAAUUUUGAGCAGAAUAAGCGAUUUUUACGAGCACUGCAGGCAGGCAGAAUAAGCCAUUUUACGAGCAGAAUUUAUCCAAGCCUAGUAGAAUGACGACGGCUAUCACGUUUUCCCGCCAAAAUGACGCAGGUUCACGCGCGAGCGCUACUUAGUAUAAUUGAGAAAAUCUCGAACUCGCAGUCGUUGUUGCCUUAGAAUCUGAAAAGUUCUCGAUUAUCAGUUGCCCGAGGGGGACACCCAACAAAGUUUUAUACGCGAGGCUCCGCUUCGAGGUCCAAUUCCUUAUCCUUUCAUGACAUGACAUUGACACAGAAAAGGUAUCCCUUUCGCAUACCUUCGAUUGACAAAUGGUAUCCUUUUUACAUACAGUGGAACCCCGCCUUACGACCACCCCGUUUAUAAGACCACCUCGUUAUUACGGCCAUAUUCUUUCAAACCAAACGUAAAAACCAUUGAGUCAUUUUCUUAUUUUGAAGACCCCGUUAAUGCGACCACCUCGUUAUUACGACCAGGAUUUUAUGGCCCAACGGUGGUCGCAUUAACGGGGUUCCACUGUACCUAGUAUGGAAUGCUGCAUCCCUUUUGACUGCUGUAAAUGCACCGUCAUUUAAAUAUGAAUAAAUCACUCAGUGUGUUUAAACCAAGACGUUUUCUGGUUAUCUAGUUUCUGAUCACAGCUAUAAGAUGCCUCUGUUAGCUCUUUUGGGUCGUUUUACCACAGAAUGAUAUGACAGAUUUUCGUACCCUUUCAUAAACUUCAACGAUUGAAAACCCUACUCUUUUAUACACAUAAAACCUGAAAAAGAUACCCCUUUCUGGCGGAGCCUUCCCGUUUGGCACUUUACAACCUUCCAAACGGUUUUUUGCACUCACAGGAAUAACAAAACACACCAUUAAGACAUUAGCUGACAUUGUCGCUUUAAUAUGUAGCAAAUUUAUUCCUCUAAAUUAUGAUAAUACUUCAAAGACAUUAUUUUAUUUUAAUGGAAUAGCAAUUGCCUGAAUAUCUCGAUUGAAUAUGUUGUAGUUUCGGCACUGAAUAUGACCCUAUUUUUCUUGUGAUUUUCUCUCAGUUCGACCUGGUUUGUAGAGUAUCAGCGCUGUCCCAACUGACCAAAUCUGUAAAUUUCCUUGGUGUCUUGAUCGGUGUCCUUGUUGGAGGAGUUCUAUCAGACAAAUUUGGACGCAAGCCAAUACUUUACUUCUCUUCUGUACUCUGUAGUAUUAUGGGACUGGCUGCGUCUUUCGUCCAUGUUUACUGGCUGUACGUUUUACUUAGAUGUUUCGUGGGUGUUUUCAGCGGUAAGUAGCGAGUGGGCGGAAUUUCGAAUUCAAGGUUGAUUAUCGAUAGUUGCAAUUGGCCCGAAGCCCCGGAGGGGGCGAGUGGGGGGUACUUCCUUACAAGAGGCUAAUGGGGAUGUGCCGCUGUAUGGGGUCGAAUUUUCGCCACUGGAUUGACUAUGAUGGGGUCGCAUAUUUUCUGAUUUUUUGGGGUAAGAAAGUUCUUCACAUUUACGGUGACUAGGAUGGGGUCUAUAAUUGGCAAAAUAUGUAAAAUGUCAGCAAGUCACAGCAUCAAACCAAUGAGUGGUGCCGGAUCUCCCAGUUGUAGACCUGGAUCAGUACAAUUAAACUUGUAGAAAAAUAUGAAAUGGCAAACUGAUCCUUACGGCAAGGCGAUGAAGAAGUAAACAAAAGAAUAAAACAAAAAAAUAUAUACUUAAACAAAUUGUCCAAUUUGUUUAAAUAUUUAUAUUUUGCAAUAUAGUUUGCAAUUUGUUUAAAUAUAUAUAUUUUGCAAUAUAGUUUGCAAUUUGUUUAAAUAUAUAUUUUCUUUUGUUUUAUUCUUUUGUUUACUUCUUUAUCUCCUUGCCGUUUCUGAAAAAUCACGCUCACUGUCCCGUUCAGUUUCCAUAACAAAUGUGACCUUUCACGCUUGUCUGGACCUGGCUUAUCUUUGACCAAAUAUGGGAGCGUUAUAAGCAUAUCCCGGAUAACAACAACAACAAAGGCGCGCAAUGCAAACUGGGUGGGUGAGAUUCUUUAAGGUUCCGAGUGAACGAAGUGUCGCGGGUCAAAUUUUUCAGCUGGUCGAAAGUAACGUCCGGUGCCUUGUGAAAGUAGCUUAAGUUAAAUGUCAACCUAGGCUCCUGCUGGGCUCAGUUGUUCGAAGGCCGAUUAGCGCUUAACCCAGGGUUAAAUUUAACCUGGGUUUCUUUUUCUUUUGUUCAAAAGAAUUUUUUUAGAUAGUUUUCUCUGUUUUUUUUUUAAAAGCAUCCAAUCAACAACUUGUUGACAAAAGAAUAAAAGUGAAUUUACUGUUUAAGCUUUCAUAUCUGAGAGUGAAUUCAAAUUUCGCACUAACCCUGGGUUAUCUUAACCCAGCUUUGAACAACCCGGCCCUAGGUCUAAAAUUUUCCAGGACCUAGAAACUACGUUGAAUAAAUUAGAAUGUCUCUUCAAGAGAGAAACUUAUGGAAUCCACUGUCGCGUAAUUCAGUUUUAUUUGCAUAAGGCUCAAAUUUAACGUUUAUGGGGGACCUUUCUUACAUUGCUUCUAUUUAACGUUAAAAUUACGCACGUAAAAAUUACGCGACACUGGAAAUCCCCCUUGAUAUAAUAUUGCCCAUGUAUACGCGGUGACGGAGUUUGUCGCACUCACUUUUAGUACAUACUCUUAUUAUAUCAUGUACCUUAAUAUGAGCCUCAGUUACACUAAACCUGUCCGGAUAGAUUUGGAAACUUAGGUAACCCACUGAAAUGGAUAAAAUCUUCUUUUGUUGCUUGAAAUAUGCGCACAUUUCUUUAGCCCGCACAAUCUCGUUUCCAGAGGCUGCGAUCCUUCUGAUCAGCGCCAGGAUUCACUCCGUCCUACUGGAUUAGGAUAACUAAGGCUCUAGGGCCGGACUAGAUUGUAGCCCGCUCUAAGAUGGCGAUCAUAUGGCAAUUUGAAGCCAGCUUUUUUAGGUAAUGUUACAACGGAAAUGUGUAGACUCGUGGUCGACUCAAAUCACACUGAUUGCUAGCUCGAUAUAGGGUCGAUUUCCGCCGUUCUUUCCGAGACCGGUCUAACUAACAAACAGCGGGUGGUAACAUAGCUUAGUUUCAAAAUCAUCUUCUAUCUCUUUCCUUGAUUUACAGGAUCUUGCGGUCUCGCUUCUUACGUUUUACUUGUGGAGUAUGUUGGAAAACGUCAUCGUCACAUGAUUGGAACCACCUUGUUCUAUUUCUGGGUCUUGUCCCUAUUGUGGCUUGCACUGAUUGCUUACCUGAUAAGAGACUGGCGAACACUUUCCAUCGUAGGAUCAGCCCCAGGCCUCCUGCAAAUUUUCUUCUGGUGGUAAGUACAGUUCAUAAAAGAUGGUUCGUGUUGUUUGCCAAUCAUCAAGUGCUGCAUAUAUAUGUGAAAUUACAUCCGCACUCUUCAGAUAAAUGGCCGAUCCAGGGGAGGGGCCCUUCAAAAGAGGUUGAAGCACAUUUUGAGCCCGCAGUGCCAAAUUUGUUUUUUGGGACUAAAACAGAUGCACUAAGUCUAUGAGCUCACCAUCGCUCAUUUUGUUAUUUUCCCGAAUAGUGUCAAUCUGUUGAUAACCCUCUGAGUGUAAUGUUUCACUUUAGGUUUAUACCAGAAUCUCCGCGUUGGCUUCUUGUAAAAAACAAGAAAGAAGAAGCAAGGAAUAAACUCCAAAAGGUGGCCGCCUUCAAUAAAAAAGAAAUGCCAAAUGAAGAACUUGAACUGAAAGACGCUAAGGAGGGACAGAGAACUGGGGACUUCCGCGACCUCUUUAGUUCUUUUAACAUGACAAAGAGAACUCUGAUAUCCUGUUUUUCUUGGUUGGUAAACAUAUAUUUUCUGUAUUUACCAUACCCGUUAGUCCUUACGUGACAUGUGACAAUUCUUUCUACCCGCGUAAGACAGACUUUCUUAAAUGAUUUUUACAUGGUAAGCUCCUUUCUACAAAUGAUUUGACUUCGCUCAAAAGGAUCAAGUGUUCAGUUCUCCGACCAUCAGGACGAUCAGACUUUGAACAAAUCCCUGAUGAGUCUGAUUUUUUUUUCCCGUAGUAGAGAUGAUAAGUGUUUUGCAUGGAGCGGAACAACAAUAAGUGGUAUAAUACAAAGCGGAAUGGAAAGUAACCAUUUGCCAAUUUUCGGUCUAUGUUGAACAAAUGUUCUCACCCUUUUUGUGGCGGCUUUUUCUGCGAAAAAAACUACAUUUGGCGGACAAUGGUGAGGGUUCUGUGGGUAGUCAAUCGCGCGCGUGUAUUGGUUAGCGCGUACGUAACGGAGUUACAUCUACUUUAGCUUAUUUUGCUUCGUUUUGUGUAGUAAUAUGCCCUGCCGUCAGUAACUGUGCCUGCUUGCAUUCUCCGCCGGUUGGCUCCUCCUAAAAAUGUUUGCACCUGUUUGGUAUAUGAAUUACUAAUGAUUUACGAUUACCACAGUUCUAUAUCUCGGGAGCCGCAAUGGUUUAUAACUUCUGCCCUCUUAUAAUUACUUGAAUUGCCAUGGUUUUUUUUUACAGAAUUCCCGUUGACGAUACAAUUUCUCUAACUAUUUAUAGGAACUGCUCUGACUGAAUGGAAAUUUCUAAACAACUUUCUAUUUCCAAUGCUAGGAUGGUCAUAUCAUUAGUUUAUUACGCUGUUUCAUUCAGCGCGGGAACGUUUGGUGGUAAUCGUUACUUGGUGUUCUUCUUGACAAGCCUCGUAGAGAUUCCGUCUAACUGGACUUGCAUAGUACUCUGCCGUAGGUAUGUAUGUAAGCAUGAAAAGCAAUUUACUCAAAUCAUUCAAUUUGAACAAUUCCUAAUGGAAUCCUUCCAAAAAAUAAGCAAUUAUUAGACCCAAGAAUGUAACGUAAAAGAAAAACAUGGUGUACUGAUCAAGGUCUGCCUCCUUUCUAGUGUCUGUUCUCUACCCCUUGCUAUUAUGGGGGAUUGAAAACUAGAAAAUAUACGCACCCGUGCUACAUGUAUGUACUUUCUCAGUACAUUGGCAUUAAUUAUAUCGGGUGUCCCGGUACAAACGGCCAAUUUCAUAUUCGUCAUUUUAUAUUCAUUAUCGUGAAAUAAUUGCAAUGGAAAGAGAAAAAAAAAUUGAAAAAAAAAUUGAACCAAGAAUGACUCUUAUACUACAGCGUAUGAGCUAUGACUAACGGAGCCAGAAAUGAAUUAAUAUGAAAAUCAGUAAAUUACCCGGCAUUUUUAUGUUUCAGGAUUGGCCGAAAAAAAACCACUGUACUGGGCGUGGUCGUAGCGUGCAUUGCUUCCAUUGUUGCAGUUUUGUUCCAGCGCGACCUGAAAAAUACAGGUAACCCAACCAAAUCCCGGCCCAUCCCACCACUAGCUUUUCGUGUCUUAUAGUGUUUGCAACACUUGUGUUGUCAGGGAGACCGGAGAAUGUUUUUAGCUCCCUUUUUGUUUAUGUCUGAAUAGUUAAACCUCCUAAUUUCUGAAUUUUGUCGAUCGAGACAUAAUUUUCAGCUUAAAAUGCAGGGAACCCCUUUUUAUAAUUUUAUUCAUUUUUCAUUGUAAUGUUCUUUGCUGUUUAUUAUUGAAAAGCCCCCUGGGGAAUACUAAUAAAAGUAUGUUAGAAGUAAAUUAAUAAGUAUAUAUAGGUAUGAACAGACAAUGCGGCAAUUAGCGUACAUCGCGUCAGAAAUGUGCUAUUUUGCUAGUGUGGACGUGAGGCAUUUGAUGCGUUUUUGUUUACAAGACAAGGAAGGUUUUUGAAAACGUAAGUUGAGCAUGGCGGCGCUUGAACGUCUACCCAUCUCAGUUAAACUCAAUUUAUGCGGAUUGUUUUUGGGAUGAGACGCGUAGGUUCUGGCGAGAGACUAAAAUCAUUUCAAUUUCUCAUAUCUAAAUGACAGAUUAUAAUGAUUUCAAUUCACUCUAUGACUCAAUCCUGUCACCACCAUUAAUUUCAGGAUUCCUGGUAGCAAAUAUCAUCAUGGCACAAGGUGUCGCCAAAUUCUUCAUCAACAUGUCGUUUAGUUCAAUCUACGUGUUCUCCAAUGAACUUUUCCCAACAGUUAUCAGGUAUUGUUGGUACAGUUUGGAUAUAUAUCAGAGGAAAGGGAUCACCUUUAUUUUUACUUAACUAAGGCCCGCAGGGCCGAGUCUAUGAGAUGUUUCGCUUCCCACCUAAAGGUCUGUAUCUGUCACUAUUGUUUGCUUAAGCUUCAACAAAAGUAUUUUUGAGCAAAACAUGUGCAUGUCAACCUCUACUAACGGAGAACCUCUGAACUAACUGUCGAACCCCAACUAACGGCCACCUCUCAACAAAGGUCACUUUUUGGGCGGACAGUCCCUACAUGGACUUUGGUCAAGAGAGGAUAAAGGGGACCCUUUAUCCUCUCUUGCUUUGCUUUAAACCUCUCUACGAAGUCCACCUCACUAUAACGGCCAAUUUCGUCUGCCCCCAAGGUGGCCCUUGUAGAGCUGCAGUUAGACUGUAUUUGGAUUUGGGGCAGAUGUGUUGCCAACAAUCGGGCAAAUGAUCUCUGUGACAGAAAAGACAAUUAGCAGAUCACAUUAAGGUAGUUUUAAAGAGAAAAAGGCCUUUCGUCCGGUUGACCCACGAGUAGACAUAACCCGGCGCCAUUCUCGUUUUAACAUUAUCUCAGUAUUGGUUGUAACUCCUUUUUUCUUUUUACAAAAACUGAGCGAUUUCUAAUGCGCUGACUGGUUGAGAGUUAUUGUCGAUAAGAGUACAGACCAUAGAAAUGGCGUGAUGGUGGCGAAGUGGUUGUUUUUUACGUUUUUCGGGCGCGCCAUUUUCCGAGAAACGUCAACAGGAAUGGAUGUCUAAAGCUGUCAAUGGUGUUGUAACAACAAAUCGACAACAAUUUUCCAUGGCCUAUACUUUUAUCGACCAUAGAAAUGACGUCAAAAUGUUCCAAACUUUUAAGUGACACGGCUUCGUGCUUAUUGUUUCACUUGAGUUUUGAACAUUUUGACGUCAUUUCUAUGGUCGCUAAGAGUACAGAAAAUGGAAAAUUGUUGUCCAUUUGUUCAAUAGCGCUUUUAAAUACCGCGUUUCCCUCUAGUUGUUCUUGAUGCAUAUUUUAAGAAACCCUCGAUUAGAAUUUUUAUUCGGGUCAACUGAGUUUACAUCUCAUUCGGAGAAUAAACUGGUCAUUUGUUUGAAUUCGUACACAUUCCACUGAUCAAUUUAUUCUUCCAUUUAUUUUCCCAGGAAUAUCGGUAUGGGAGUGUCAUCCGCCUCAGCUGGCAUUGGAUCAAUGUCGGCACCAUAUAUAGUUUGGCUGGUACGUUUAUUCAUGUUUGUACACUGAUGUUGCGGGCGACCAGAGGAGUCUGCAAUCUUAAUCUCCAGGCCCAGUUGUUCGAAGGUCGAUUUGCGCUUAACCCGGGGCUAAAUUUAACCCAGGUUUGUUUGACCUGUGUUCAAAAGUAUUUUCGCGGAUAAUUUUCUCUCUUAUUUUAAGAGCUUCCAGUCAUCAAUUUGUAGACAAAAAGAAUUAAAACUGAAAUGCUUUUUAAACUUUAAAAUCUUAAUUCAAAUCUCGCACUAACCCUGGGUUUUCUUAACCCAGCUUUGAACAACUCGGCCCAGGUUUCGAUGAGGCAGGCUUGGCACGUAUGUAGCCAGCAUUCGUUUGGACUUCCACUAAGAAUAAAUGGAAUGCACAGAAAGCAAUCUGAACACGCUCCUUUUACCCUCUAUCUCUUGUGAAAAGAAAGCAAAGCGCAUACAGUGUUGGCGCAAGUGCGUUUUGACCUCCGAUUAGAAGCGUGAAAGUCCCCCGCACUCCUUAACCGUUGGAGAUUAUUAUACGUUUCUUGGAAACUGUCCACCUACCCCUCCCUUAAGCCAACAUUAACACUUACUUCUCACUUAGGGCAAAAUGUUAGUUUCCCAGAAACGUAUAGUGAUCCACCUUUGGUUGUUCCUAGCUGUUGCUCUGAGCUAUGUCUACAUAAUAUCGGAUAGCCUUUCUUGCCGACUCGAAAGGCUCUACGGUACAGUUUGAAUGGCACCGGCCAGAGCUUGAAUAAGUCGUUAACACACAUCGAACAUUGUACCGGAGCUGUUGGCGAAGAGGGUUUGGUGCAUUACAUCUCAAUACUCACUUCUUCCGUCUCGGUGGGUUCCAGUCCUCUAUUCUUAUCAUUUGCGCAACGACCUUAAUACCUGUUUUCACUGCGGCAAAGAGUGUGAGAAAUUUAUCAGAGUACCUUUGCCCUUACAUUACAGAAAUCGCCUUGAACUAACCGCUCUUAUGUGCGAACAGAGGCCCUAUCAGCUAUAGUCUUGCAUUUGCACUUCCGUGUUCUUAUGUUCUGAUAUAUCUUUCCAGGUUCGGGUCCAUGUUCUCUUACCAUACUCCAUUACGGCAGUUCUUGCUUUCGUGUGUGCCGCUCUGUGCUUUUUGUUACCAGAGACCAGAGAUGCCGCAACGCUAGAGAACAUUGAUUCCGUCAACAGCAGCGCUAGUGCCACAGAAAUGACAGAGAAGGAACAAGUUCUUCAUGAACCGGCCAAGGAAAAAGAAGAACUUGGAGAGUUGUUGCUCAAGGAAAGCUAUGAUGUUUAAGUAAAAGCUCUCCAAGAACCGCAUUGUUUUUCAGUUUUGGAAUAUUGAAUUUACUUAUCAUUCGAAUGCAAUGGGCACCGCUAUAAAAUUUUCAGUCGAACUCAACGCUAAUGCUUUUUCAAAAGUUUGUGCCACUCAGUAAUUGUGGCCGCAAAACCGAGAAACAAUCGGAAGGCCAAAUUUACUCAUAGCAAAACUGUAGAAUUCUGAUGAAGCAGCCAGUCAGUGUGAUAGUAAUUCUUUGGAAAGGGUUUGAAACCUUUGUAGAAGCUGCGCUUUUGGUGAGCACUUCAUGUUAGCAAAAACAAAUAGUGUUCCAUUGGGACUUAUCAAACAGGAUUGCCUUUUCUUUGUUGGCCCUUACAAUAAGGAAACGUCUUUCUUACUGUCUACAACUCGGAAAUCUUGUCGAAGAUUCUCUGAGCAACCUGUAUACUCGGUACAUAAAUAAUGUGAAAUAGUACAAGACGCAUAUAUGACUC